GUACCACCAUUUGCGGUAACAAGUCCUGCGGGCAAGUCCUAAAAGUAGCUCGGAUGCAUCCUGUGAGGUAUUUUUAUUUUUUUCAUUUGUGAUGUGGACUGCUUUGCCUGAGAUGCACUACACCAGGAGGUAACAGUGUGACUCACGCGUGCACGGGAACGAAUAAAACGGAGAAGACGCGCGGUGAAUAUCAGCAAAUCACACGUGUCCUCUUCAAAGGUCACCGUGGAUGGGAUUUAGGCGGCCGUUAUUUGCGCCAAUCUUUGCUCGGAGUGUAGGCACACCUGUCUGACCUGGCUCUGUUGUGAUUGUGGAUAUUUUGCUGUUUCCCAGUAAUUGGAUUUGCUUUACAAGCGAAUGUGACUGUUCAGCUGAGGUGAAAUAAGAGCCGUGACAGCGCGCUUUGGUCCUUGGUCUUCAGCCCCAGUCUCUGUAGAGCGAUGGCGGCGCCGACGGAUCCUUCCUCCUCCUCCUGCGGCGGCGAGCCCAACCCCAACACGACAAAUUUACGGCCACCUGCGUCAAGCUAUGACUGGAGUGGGGUUGCACACGGAUGUACGAGAAAGCUCGGGAUGAAGAUAUGUGGAUUUUUGCAGAAGAACAACAAUCUUGAUGAAAAGAGUCGGAUUGUGGCUUCUCUGAAUGAACAGUCAUCGCCACAGAAGCUCGGUUUACAGGAUUCACGGUUCAGGCGUACUGAGACAGACUUCUCCAACCUGUAUGCCAGGGAUUUACUGCCUGCCAAGAAUGGUGAAGAGCCUACAAUCCAGUUCCUUCUGGAAGUGGUGGAAAUCCUUACAAACUAUGUACGGAAGACAUUUGACAGAUCCACAAAAGUGCUGGACUUCCACCAUCCACACCAGCUUCUGGAUGGUAUUGAAGGCUUUAACUUAGAGCUCUCAGACCAACCUGAGAGCCUGGAGCAGAUUCUAGUAGACUGCAGAGACACACUGAAAUAUGGCGUCAGGACAGGUCAUCCCAGGUUUUUCAACCAGCUGUCUACAGGGCUGGACAUCAUUGGCUUGGCUGGGGAAUGGCUCACCUCAACUGCAAACACUAAUAUGUUCACAUAUGAAAUUGCUCCAGUGUUUGUGUUGAUGGAACAGCUGACUCUAAAAAAAAUGAGGGAAAUUGUCGGCUGGCCAAUUGGAGAAGGAGAUGGAAUCUUCUCACCAGGAGGAGCAAUCUCCAACAUGUACAGUGUGAUGAUCGCUCGCUAUAAGCACUUCCCUGAGGUGAAGACUAAAGGAAUGUCCGCAGCCCCCAGACUUGUGCUGUUCACUUCUGAGCAUAGUCAUUACUCCAUAAAGAAAGCCAGUGCAGUUCUUGGCUUUGGGACAGAGAAUCUGAUUCUGCUGAGUACAGAUGAGAGAGGUAGAGUCAUUCCUGCUGAUCUGGAGGCCAAGGUCAUUGAUGCUAAACGCAAGGGUUACGUUCCAUUUUUUGUGAGUGCCACAGCCGGGACUACAGUUUACGGUGCUUUCGACCCCAUCAGUGAGAUCGCAGAUAUCUGUGAAAAAUAUAACAUGUGGCUCCAUGUGGAUGGAGCAUGGGGAGGUGGACUGUUGAUGUCCAGAAAACACAGACACAAACUUAAUGGCAUUGAGAGGGCAAAUUCGGUCACAUGGAAUCCUCACAAGAUGAUGGGCGUUCCACUACAGUGCUCUGCCAUUCUGGUCAGAGAGAAGGGACUUCUGCAGGGUUGCAACUCAAUGUGUGCUGGCUAUCUUUUCCAACCUGAUAAACAAUAUGAUGUCUCCUAUGAUACGGGAGACAAGGCCAUACAGUGCGGCCGGCAUGUGGACAUCUUCAAGUUCUGGCUCAUGUGGAAGGCAAAGGGUACCAUUGGAUUCGAAAAGCACAUAGACCGGUGUCUGGAUCUCUCUGAGUAUCUUUAUACUAAGAUCAAAAACAGAGAAGGCUAUGAGAUGGUGUUCCAAGGACAGCCUCAGCAUACUAAUGUGUGCUUCUGGUAUAUUCCACCGAGUCUGCGAGGCAUGCCAGAUAACCAGGAAAGGAGGCAGAGACUCCAUAAGGUGGCUCCUAAAAUCAAGGCAAUGAUGAUGGAGUGUGGCUCAACCAUGGUGGGCUACCAGCCUCAGGGUGACAAGGUAAACUUCUUCAGGAUGGUCAUUUCCAAUCCUGCUGCCACCAGGUCAGAUAUCGACUUCCUGAUCGAUGAGAUUGAAAGACUGGGCCUGGAUUUAUAAAAAGUGCAAUGAUAUUUUAGUUGGUCAGUGUUCAUUGAGCAACAAUAUCCCAAAUAAUUUCACUGAGCAUUAGAGUGAUUGCAAAACUGAGACUUGUGGUACAGGUUACGGUCCUUUCUUUACUCAAAUUACAUUUAUUAAUCUACCUUGGAGUCACAUGAUCUUCUUGAUGACAGUAUUUCGUGAUCAUAAUGUUAAAAGAUUCUAUGUGUGAAUAAUGAAUGGCAGACUGCACUUUAUGAAGGUCACAAUUUCAUAAACCUAUUCUGCUAAAACCCUGGUGAACCAUAAUGCUGGCAGUGCUGAGGUUUUGAGCGGAACAUAGCAUUACCACUGAAUAAAAAUUUUCGGGAAUGUUUCAUCACGGAGCCGUCAGGUGAAGGUGAAGUUAUAUCUGGGCUUGUGAUUUGGGAGUACAGCGAUUAUAAUGGAAGAUAACAGCAUCUGAAAAUCUCGAAAAUCUUUCAGUGGCAUGUCCUUAUUCAAGGUGUUCCUCACAUGACCUCUUCAUUCUAUCUUCACGGAAUCAGUUAUGUAAAAUAUAUUUAAUGAUGAUACAUAAUCAACUAUUGCACAUUCAUUUCAGAUUUCUCUGCAACACUAUAUAUUUUGAGAAGAAUUCAAUUAAUCAUAGUCAAAUAAUUGGUGGUUCUUAGUGUUGUCAAUGUGACUGAAUUUCACUGCAUAUUUUAGCUAAUGUAGAAUAAAUUAAUGGAAAAUAAUGCAUCCAUUACGAUCAUAAUAGGCACUAUAUAUAUAUAUACACACACACACAAAUACAAUGUGAUUACUGGGAUCUAAAGUAUUUUAUGUAGAUCAUGUAUAUUAUAGUUAUAUGGCCUUUGUGACUAAUGUAUUACAUUACAUAGUUUUACAUUAUACUGUUUAAUAGUGAUUAACAAUUUAAAUAUAUUUAUUUUCGAAAAAUUUUAUUUGUACGAAGAAACUAUGUGAAAAAUGUCUUUUUGUCCAUUUGUAGAGUACCUUUAUUUGUCUUUGACAGGAGACUAUGAGUGUUUUAAAAAUGUAAAUGUAUUCAUUGACCAAAGAUAUAGAGAUAUAGAGGAAGUGAAAUUUAUAUCAUUCACUUUUAUCUGUACUACACAGUGACCUAGGUUAAUUGAUCAGUGUGUCACAUAAAGAUAACAUAAGCACAUGCAGUGUAACUUUAGUUCAAUCAGUGUGGUGUAGCUGUGAUUGUUAUAAUACUUAUUGUUAUAAGUACAUAAUGAAUGUUAAGUAAAUUGUCUAGUUAUAGUCAAGUGAAGCAAGAAUCAGUAAAAAGCAGUGAGUUCUAGCUAAAAUUGCUGGUACUUAGUAAAAGAAGCACAACAGAGUUUUAUCCCUUAAAAUACAAGUGUUAUGUAUUUUAUUAGUAUUUAGAGAUUUUUACUGAUAUCUUAGUAAGCACAGGACUGUGUGUCCAGUUACAGAUUAAGCCAGUUUUAAGAAUUAGUGUUGAUUAUUGAUUUUAUUUAUUUUAAAUUCUGGGACUGGACAAGGUCUGUGUCCGGAAAAUCAGGCUUGAAGGGUUCAUUCCUAGAAGGAAGCAAAGAUCAUGCUAAUGUUCCUUGGUCCUGGGCAUUUAAUGUAAGCAUUAGGAGAUAUUAUGCAUCUACAGUCAGUGUUUUUGCAGACAAAAUGCUGGUUAAAGACAGGCACCUUAAAGAGUCACACUAAGUGAACUUGUGCAGAAAUGAUGUUUAAAUACUGCAAAUAAAACAGUUCAAAUCAA